CGCUCUGCCAACCAAAAGCACAGAGGUGAUGCUGAUGCAGGAACAAAGCACCAAAACCUUCAUCGAUUCCCUUCUGAAGACUCAUGAACGUGUCGUUCAGUUGAGCCAUCUGAACGCCACGUUGUGUUCGGUUUUCAUGGAGGUUCUUUUAAAGAACCAACCAGAAGGAGUUCAGGUCUCUGUGACUGAGCAAACCGAGGCAGAUUUCAACGCACGCUUCAAGACACGCCCAGAAUUGGAGGGACUCAUGGCACAGAUAAAAAAAUAGUUUUUCCCUUUUAAACUCGACCUUUUGACCUUCAAAACUUGGAUUUUUUUUGAGAGGGGGAAAACUGUCAUCUGGACAUAUUUAUUGUCUAUGGUUCUCCAGGAAAAUGCAAAACAAAGUCUGAUCAAUUUAAAAGUUCAUGUUUAAGAACUGUGUUCAUUUAAACAUCUGAAAUAUGAUUUGUAUUUGACGUUAACACAUUU